UUCUUACGAAAGCUUUUAACGAACAAACUAUAAACUAACGAAAAUGAAAUUCUCCGCCAUUGCUAUGCUCGCCGCUGUCGCCUCUGCAGCACCAAUCUUGAAGAGAGACGUACCAAUCGUCAGCUUCGAGGACGCUGUUGCAUCUAACAAGAACAUCAACUUGGUUACUUCAGAUGCCACCCUUCCAAUCGGUUGGAAUAAUGACGUACUCACAACUGAUCAAGAGCCUAUCACUGUCAACUUUAUCCCAGCCAGCUCAACAUUCAUGAAGUACACAUCUGAUGACAACACAAAAUAUGGUCACAUCGUCGACACCGCCACUGACUUGCACUUAACUGUCAGCUCACCUGGAAAAGCCAGUGGCCAGACAAUCUACUCAUCUGAGGGCAGUUCUUCAGAUGACUCCGGUCAAAUGCUCCAAUUCUGGGCAUUAGAUGUUAACAGCCAACAAGUUAGAUUCCUUGGUGCCCCACAAGGCGCUGACUUUGGCGAGGGACCAUUCUACCCAGAGUCUCAAAAUGAAGGCAAUGGAUUAGAAGUUGUACUUACAACUGAUCAGGUCGCAAACCUCGUUCUUGCUUAAUUUGGAUAUCAUGACGAAAAUUUACACCUAAUAGGACGAUUUCUACAAUUUACGAACAAUUUUAACGAAAUUAUGCGGUAUUACUAUCAAUAAAUUAACUGGAUGAUUACUUUUUUACUUUUUUCACGAUUUUUUGGAUUUAAACGUGAUUUAAUUCCACUUUAUAAGACAGACAAAAUAUGUAUAUAGGAUUUACAUUUUAUUGC